AUGCCUACGUCGCUAUGCAAUCCAUGUCGCACACUGUUCCGCCGCAGGUUGCAGGUAAAGCUCAAGCACCUUGAACAGUCUCGUCAUGCAACAACACGGUCAGCUGCUGUUGCACGAUCAGCGCAAUCACUGUCGCUGUACUGGGACACCACAGCCCCCACAGAGAGGAAUCUCACUGUCGCACGAUGGUUCUUCGAGAGCCACCGCGUCAGCAGGCUCUGGACUGCAUCACAAUGGCGGACGAACAACAACCACGAUGAGCUAUUGUCGGUACCAGAGGUGGUCUUCUUAGGAAGGUCUAAUGUGGGCAAAUCGUCUCUUCUCAACCACAUACUGAACGUGCCGAACCUCAACCGCGUAGGCGAUACACCUGGCAAAACGAAAGAGAUGAUCGCAUGGGGUUUGUCGACCACGCUGCCUGGCGGCGGGGCGAUGCCAGGUUGGAAGGGAAUGACAGACACUCGCCUUGCUGUGCUGGAUGCGCCAGGGUAUGGGCAUAACAGCGCAGCAGACUGGGGCAACGAGAUCGUGACCUACAUGAAGCGUCGACGGCAGCUGAAGCGCAUCUUCCUGCUGAUAGACUCAUCACAUGGGGCGAAAAAGCAUGAUAUCCAGAUGAUGGACCUGCUCAGGGCACAAAGCAUACCAUUCCAAUUGAUCGCAUGCAAGAUCGACCGCCAAAAGGAAGACACUGUUGACGAGGCACUUCAACAGCUCCGACACUUCGCCCAGCCUCCAGACACGCCCGGUAUGAAAGCCCUCGGCGAGCUGCUGGUAUGUGGGUCCCUCGACCGGCCUGAAAGGACCAUUGGCGUCAACCACAUACGGUGGGCUGUUCUUCGCGCCACGGGCCUGGAAGUUUUCGCUUCCGAAAACUACAAACGCCUAGUCCAAGGAGUUCUACACGUCAAGCCCCAGAGCACGGACACGCCAGUGCCGUCACUUGAGAGAAACGCCUCCCCCUCGAAAUUCAGCAUGGCCGAUAUACUCGACAUAAUGGAGGGAAAGCGAUCUCAGCCAAGAUCUACGACCAGCACACCGUUGCAGAGGGCAAUGAUACAAACUGUGUUCUCUGGCCUCGCGGCGCUCGAAGAAGUAGCCGGUAUCAAACCACCUCAACCACAACCAGCCCCAAAGACACGGAAACGGGGCCAGAGCACCCCACGUAGAGCCGCCAAUACUGGCCUGCCGUCAGCGCGCAAAGACCACAGCGCUCCCACUCAGCCCCGCCAGGAGUAUAAGCCUCCUGCUACAGCCACUACUUCAGCCAUAGCCGCCACACAGAUCAAGCCCAACGUCUUCUCUGGCCUCGCAGCGCUAGAAGCCGUCGCUGGGAUUAACAAGCCGUCACAGGCUGGCAAUGCAGGCAAAGGCCGCAAGAGGAAACGCCGUUGA